UACUUGGACACCGCUGGGAACGCAGCAGACAGGAGACACUAGCUCUGAGUCUGCUUGCAGCUUCUCUCCUCUGCCCCAGUGCCCGGAGCCUGACAUUAGAAAGCAGCCCAGGAAAGAAUCCACUCCCUGAAGCCGAUUUCCUGUGUCACCUUUUGAUGAGUGUUCGUGGGCUCUGGCCUUGGUUUUCGUCCCCCCUGCAACGGGCAGAAGAAAUGGCUAUCUCCAGGCUGUGGCGGAGCAACUGCCUGCCCUUCGUGGGCAUCAUGAUCCUCGCGGCUGUGAUCCUCUCUCUGAUGCUCUACGCUCUCCUCUGGAAGGCUGGCAACCUCGCCGACCUGCCUAACCUGAGAAUCGGCUUCUACAACUUCUGUCUGUGGAAGGAGGACACUGGCUCCCUACACUGUUACAACUUUCCUGAGCUGGAAGCCCUGGGGGUUCCUCAGGUUGGCCUAGCCCUGGCCAGGCUUGGUGUGUACGGAGCCCUGGUCCUCAUGAUCUUUGUCCCUCUGCCUCUCCUCCUUGCCCAGUGCAACGGCGAUGAAGGAGAGUGGCAGCUGGCAGUGGGCUUCCUGGUGGCAUCCUCCGUCCUGCUGGCCAGUGGACUGAGCCUCUUUCUCACCUACGUGUGGAAGUGGGUCAGGCUCGCCUUGCUAGGGCCUGGCUUUCUAGCCCUGUGCUCAGCCCAGGUCUUGCUCAUCUGCCUGCUUAUGGCCACAGUUAUGCUCCCUCCACGGGAAAAGAGGGACAAGAGCAAGUGGGAGAGCUGUUAGUUAGUCCAGCCUAAAGGUUUAUGGGAUUACAAGGGUUCAAUUCCAACUGCGCACCGAGGAGGUGCCAGAGACCCUGUGGCUGGGUGGGUCCGCUCAACCACCUUGUUUCGUAGCUAAUGCUGAUCUCAAGCUCAGGCAGAUGGAACCACCCACUGAACGGUAGGGCUGCCGUGUCAAGGAGCCCGGAGGCAGCAUGGAUGGCUGGGGUACUUGCAGCUUCUUAGUGUCCUUCCUUUCUCUGGAGGACUCGGAAACCCUGUAGCUCAUUAGCACAAGGAGCCUUGCUUUCACCAGCCAAUCAGAACAGCUCUCACUCUGGGGCUCAUCAGCCAAUCGGAACAGCUCUCACUCUGGGCUCAUCAGCCAAUCGGAACAGCUCUCACUCUGGGCUCAGGGAGGCGGGAGCCUGAUUGUCAGAGGCCAGAUUUCCAAGCGGACUGGCAAAAGUGUCCAACAAGAACUCGGUGAAGGUUUACGGCAACAAAUGGGAUGGUCGGAAGAAACCGCUUUAACGUCAAGGCCUGUUAGCCAGCUUCUGUUCCUCUAGCCUGAUGCCCCACACCAGAACUCUGGCCCCAGAGGUCCAGGAACAACCUCAAAGGGACUCAGCUAAGAAACACAGGGCACAAGAGAAUCCUUGCUAACUUCGUGGGGUCCCCUGAACAGGCCCCUGGACCUGACGCCGGACAGGAGUCAGCUGUCAAACCAUUGUUGUGAACCAGGAAUGCAGAUGCAAGAUGUGCCAAAGCCCUGACUGAAUAAUUGCGCGCCAACAUACACCGCAUCCCCUCACCUGCAGAAGGCAGAAGUAGGGUCCUUAUUACGCACUGGGGGCAUCAUUAUAUAGUUUUCAAUGUCUGUAUAGCACAAAACCUAUGAGUUCUUGCUGUGCUCAUCAAAAGCCACCGUGAAUACAAAGAAAGAUGGACUCUG